GGCGUUAAUUCACAUUCCCCAAUCGAGUUCAUAACACAAAAUAUUUCCCAACCGGACGCAUAAGUGGAGUUCACCACAAUUAACAAAUUUAAAUUCAAGUGUUAGCGAUUAAUAUACGAUUAUGUUUAUCCGUGGCGAUGCUCCGCGCUCCGGUCGUGGCAAGAUACCGCAGAUUCCCAGCUCCAUGACUCCCUACGUGGCGGCCAUCAAGCGGGGUCCCUACACGAUGACCAAUCCGGUUUACAAUAGCCACAAUCCCAAUCUCGUGGGGCUGGAUGGACAGGUGGAAGAGCCUGUCUCCAGGCACACCUUUAACAUCAAGAAGGAGACAUUGCAGAACAACUAUCGCCACCACCAGCGCUUGAUACCCGUACCCAUGUCCCGGAUGCCUAAGACCCGGUCCCACAUAGUGAUGAAUGAACAGCGAGAGCUCUACCGCCAGCACCGUGACCGGAUGUCGAAUAUCAAGGGCAAGGUCAACACCUACUUGCCGCCGCCGAAGGUCAAGAUCGAGGGCAACGGCAUGGAACUCUCAUACAUGGAGAUGCUGACCGCUCUCUACAAGAAGAGCAACAACAACCUUAGGACAUUUACGAAGUCGCCGGAACGCCUUGCCGCCGGAAGAUGGCGCAACGUCAGCCUGGCCCGGGAUAAGGAACGACGCCAACUGGAGUCCAACAAGCAGUUCCACAAGGGUGGACAGCUCUUUGAUCCCCAGGCCGGGAAAUCGCGUCGCUACAAACCUAAGGUCAGCGGGACUUUCAGCUACGAGAUUCCGCUCCAUGUGCUCCAUCGCUACGAGAGCCUGAUCGAGAAGUGCGAUGUGAGCAACCUUUGCAAACUGCUUCGUCCGCAGAUCUACCUCGACCUCGAGGUGCCGGAGAGUCGGCUUCAGGGCCGCCUAUGCAUCCAGCUGUUUACCGAGGCCUGCCCGCAGGUGGUGCUCGAGUUCAUGAGGAUCUGCACCCAGCGCCGGAAUCGUUCCAUCAAAUUCUCCCGGGCGCUGGCCCCCAUUUGGCUGGAGGGCAUGAUAGCUAUGGACCCGGACCGAAGCAUGGACCUCUACAACAUUGAGCAUGACUUUGAUGUCCUUAACCAUGGCGUGGACGCCGGCAUACUCUCCUUCCCCAGUCGGUAUGUGCGCGGCAGUCCCCGGACUGCGCUCAAUUUCACUAUCAGCUUCAAGCCACUCUCCAUUCUGAAUGGCCGGAGAAUCGCCUUCGGGAAGGUGCGGAAGGGUCUACAGCUCCUGGAGAAGAUUCAGGAGGCCAUUGGACAUCUACCCAUGAAGCACGACAUGAUUAUACUGACCGACUGUGGCGUACUUUGAAAGAGUCCCAAAAUUUUCCGGCUAUAACGAUUCAUUUUCUAAUCUAAUAUGUAACUAAAAUCAUUGAACACUAAUUGAACACUAAUUUUGUUAGCUCGAGCGGAACAUUAAAUAAAUUAUUGAAAGUA